CGCGCCGUCUCUUGCACGGCCCCAUCGCGAUGUCGUCCUCUGUGAGCAGUGUCAGCGAGCUGAAGGCGAAGCGCCCGUGGACGAGCUACGUCUGCUCUGUCAAUGCCUACGUAUCCGGGAUGAAGGAAGACCUAGGACUGGAGGGCAAUCAGCUCAACUACAUCACCACGGCAUGGACAUGCGGUUACGUUAUUGGGCAGAUCCCUUCCAACCUCCUGCUCACACGCAUCCGCCCGUCGAUCUGGAUCCCCGCCAUGGAGCUCCUUUGGAGCGCCCUCACCAUGAUCCUGGCCUCGACGAAGAAUUUCAGCAGCGUGCUAGCGAUUCGCUUCUUCGUGGGCCUCGCGGAAUCGACCUUCUACCCUGCCAUCCAAUACGUGAUCGGUAGUUGGUACAAGGGCGAAGAACUGGCCAAACGAGCUUGCAUUUUCCACACCGCCAGUGCCAUUGGCCCGAUGUUCAGUGGUUUCUUGCAAACGGGUGCCUACAACGGCCUGAACGGCGCGCAUGGGCUGCCCGGGUGGAAAUGGCUCUUCAUCAUCGACGGCAUCAUCACCGUGCCCAUAGCCCUCCUCGGCUUUCUCAUUAUGCCUGACCUCCCGCACACCAUGAAGCCGAACAUGUUCUACGACGAGGCGCAGCUGCGGAUAGCGGUGGCGCGGAUGGACCAGGUCGGGCGUAAGCCGCCGACGCACUUCACAAGGGAGAAGGUCAUUGGGUUCUUCAAGACGUGGCAUCUUUACGUGCUUGUUCCGCUUUACAUUCUGUUCAACAACGGCAGCUACGCCUCGCAGUCGAUGAUCUUCUGGUUCAAGAGCUUCAACCAGGAGGAGCACGGCCGGUCCUUCACGAUUGGCCAGAUCAACACGUAUCCCCUAGGACAGAAUGUCAUGCAGGUCAUUACGACCCUCGUCUGGGCCUGGUGGUCCGACGCGGUCGAGCUGCGGUGGCCGCCGAUGCUGUUGGCUGGAACGUGGAACAUGUCCGUCGCGAUCGCCCUCGCAGCGACGCCUGUGUAUACGCACAUCGGGCGGCGGUGGGCGUUGUACUAUAUGACGACCGUGACGGGUGGCCUGUCCGGCCUGAUUCUGGCGUGGGCGAACGAGCUCACGGGCGGGGAUAGCGAAAAACGCUCCUUCGUCGUCGCGAACUGCAACGCCUUUGCCUACGUCUUCCAGGCGUGGUUGCCUAUCCUCCUCAUCCCCCAGGUCGAGCAGCCGAGGGUGCUGAAGGGUAACAUUGGCACCGCGUGUAUCAACUUUGGGAUGAUGUCCUUCGCCAUGCUCACCCUCUACCUCUCGCGCCGCGACGAGAAGCGGGCGGCCGCGAAGGAGAAGGUGGGGCUGGAAGAGGGCCCUGUGAAUGCGGUGGAGGAAGAUCUUUCGAGGAAGAAUUCGAUAGACAAGGUGCUGCCAGCGGCGUUGCCGGUAUUGUAAGGUGGCAUGGGUGUUGUAGGCGUGGCCACUCACUCACUACCAAGUGUUGAGAUUGAAGCGGAAGG